UACUUGAUCACCGGCGCGAACAUGGGCGGCAAAAGCACCUACAACCGCCAGCAGAUGCUGCUGGUGCUGCUCGCGCAGUACGUGCUCAUCGACGAACUCGGCCGCGGCACCAGCAUCGAGGACGGCCUGCUCUUCGCAAAGUCCAUCUUGCAGCACCUCAUCUCUCUCUGCAAGUUUAGUCCCGACGGAAAUUACCUCGCGGUGGGCACUGCAACUGGCGUCGUCGAGAUUUGGGAUCUGAACCACACUGCCGCUGUGAAGGCUGUCGCGUGGGCGCCGCUCAACUACCCGCUGCUCGCCACUGGCGGCGGAACCAACGACCGCACCAUCAAGCUGUGGGACAUUCCGCGCCGCUCGUGCAUCACGAGUUGCGAGAGUGAGAGUCAAGUGUGCAACUUGAUGUGGAGUAAGAAGUCGUUCGAGCUAGUCAGCACGCACGGCUACACGCUGAACCAGGUCAACCUUUCAUGA